CUGGAUUCCUAGCUCCUGGCCUUGGAGGAAGAAUACAAGGAGAGGAUUUGACGUCAGAAGUGAAGCAGUCUUGGCCUUGGCUUUGCUCCGCCCCCUCCCUCAAUUCCACCCAUAACAUUGGCGGGCUGGCCGGACGCGCGACACCCACACACCUCAACAUUUUGCCUUCAUGCCGGCUUGCUCUGCCUUUGGUUGCGCCCACAGAGGCGGGGAUGGCAGCAUAACGUUUCAUCGGCAGCCUAACAUGGCAUGUCCGGUAACAAGGGGCAGCAGCAGUCCAGCACUGAGCUUCAGGAUUAUAGCUGAGUGCAACAAAAGCAGGGCACGCACCAGCCUGAUGAAGCUACCACACUAUACUGUGGAGACACCGGCCUUCAUGCCUGUUGGGACGCAGGGUACAAUGAAGGGUCUCCUGCCACAGCAAGUGAAGGAUGCCGGUGCCAGCCUCAUCCUGGGCAACACUUACCACCUGGGCACACGGCCAGGUAAAGAGAAUAUGGAGAAGCUUGGUGGCCUGCACAAGUUUAUGGGUUGGAACCGUGCACUGCUCACAGAUUCUGGCGGCUUCCAGAUGGUGUCCCUCCUGGAGCUAGCUGAGAUCACUGAGGACGGAGUCAAGUUCCGCUCACCCUAUGAUGGCUCUGAGUGCCUGCUGACCCCAGAGGAGAGCAUAGCCAUUCAGAACGCCAUCGGUGGAGACAUCAUGAUGCAGCUUGAUGAUGUUGUCAACGUGAUCGAGACUGACUACCAACGCUUUGAGCUUGCCACACACAGAACCACACGCUGGCUGGACCGAUGCAUGGCUGCUAACAAAAACCCUUCCAGUCAGAACUUGUUCCCUAUUGUGCAGGGUGGACUCUUCCCAGACCUGCGGCAGAUCUCGCUCCAGCAGCUCAUAGCCAGGGAUGCUCCAGGCUAUGCCAUUGGGGGCCUCAGUGGAGGAGAGAACAAGGAGAAGUUCUGGCCAGUGGUGCUGCAGUGCACAGAGCAGCUGCCACAAACAAAGCCCCGCUACUGUAUGGGUGUGGGUGUGGCGAUAGACCUAGUGGUGUGUUGUGCCAUGGGGGUGGACAUGUUUGACUGUGUCUAUCCAACUAGAACUGCUCGGUUUGGAUGUGCCCUGGUGGACCAUGGCCAGAUAAAUCUGAAGAGCCGAGAGUUCUCUGGUGACCUGCGGCCCAUUGAUGAGUCCUGUGACUGCACCACCUGCCGUACGUACACCAGGGCCUACCUCAACACCAUAGUGACCAAGGAGCCUGUAGCCUGCCACCUCCUCUCAGUACAUAACAUUGCCUAUCAGAUGAGACUGAUGAAGCAGAUCCGUGAGAGCAUCAAGGGCAACCGAUUUGAAGAGUUUGUGCGAGAAUUCAUAGAGGCUUACUACAGGGGUGGGGAGUGUCCUAAGUGGGUGACUGAUGCCCUUGCCGCUGUCAACAUACACCUCACCAACAAAAAGACCUGCAGAAAUCCUGAGGACAAGGGAGGCCUACUGGAUGAGGUCUGGGAUGAGGAAAGCAAGAGAGAGGAGUUGAGAGAGGAGAGGGUAACUGGACUACAGUCAGGGUUUGACCGCCUCAACCUGGCUGGUUACCGUGAGGCAGUCCUGGGAGAGUUUGAUCACUCAGAAGAGCUUGGACGCCAGGAGGGCUUCCGACAAGGGUUUGUUGCUAACCCUGAGGCCAACCCCACCCUUGCCCUGGCAUGCAUGGAAGGCCAGCUAAUAGCACUUUCCCACAGGCCAGGACAGGGGGGGGCACAAUCACAGAGAGGAGAGGAACAGCAGCUGCUGAAAGAAGUGAGAGACCUGAUGGACUUGUGCUACAACACUCCACCACAUCCAGGAGAGGUGGGGACAGCAAUCACAGAAUCAGAUUCACAGCAGGGGUGUGGUGGUAGGUUUGACAGCACAAGACUAAGGCAGCUUCAGAGAGACAUAAACAAGCUAUACCUUGCUCAUGGCUGGACCCUCCCAAGUCUUCCCUGACAAAGGUGUUACACUAGCACUUCCAAUUUUUUCUUAUCUCUGUAGAUAAAUAUGAGACAAAAAUGCACUUAUAACCACUUUAGAAAGACAAAAAUAUAUAUUUCUACUUUUGUUGGA